AUGUUUCUGGCUCAACUAAAAGUCUCUUUUGCUGUAUUUGUUCCAGCAGACAGUCACUUCCGGCUCAUUGUUCUGUUUGACUGUGUGGUCAUCUGCUCCUGUUUGCUCUCGCUCAUCCUCUGCACACGCUCAGUCUACACAGGCGUUCUCUUGCAGUCAGAGUACACCACGUUUGUGUCCACUCACCACCAUAAAACAGUUUCCUGGUCUGAGAGAAUGGAGUUUAUCAAUGGCUGGUACAUUCUCAUCAUCAUCAGUGAUACGCUGAGUAUUGCAGGUUCAGUUCUCAAAAUCUGCAUACAGAGCAAGGAGCUGACGAACUAUGACGUGUGCAGUAUUUUGCUGGGCACAGCUACAAUGCUUGUGUGGAUUGGAGUAAUGCGUUAUCUGAGUUUCUUUCAGAAAUAUUAUAUCCUCAUCCUCACCCUGCAGGCUGCCCUUCCUAAUGCCAUUCGAUUCUCCUUCUGCGCUGUUAUGAUCUAUCUCAGCUACUGCUUCUGCGGAUGGAUCGUUUUGGGGCCACAUCAUGAAAACUUUCGAACAUUUAACAUGGCAGCUUACUGCCUUUUUUCCCUGAUUAAUGGGGAUGAAGUCUACUCUACCUUCAAAAAGCUCCGGGACAAGACCUAUCUGGUGUGGUUGUUCAGCAGAAUGUAUAUCUACAGCUUCAUCGCACUCUUUACAUACAUGAUUUUGAGCCUCUUCAUUGCCAUUAUCACAGACACUUAUGAAACCAUCAAGCAUUACCAGAAGCGUGGAGCUCCAUUAUCAGAGCUGCAGGCCUUCAUAGCUGAAUGCAGGGACCCACCCAACUCGGGGAAGUACAUGAUGGAUGAAGAAUCCUCCAGCUUUUGUUGCCUUUGUGCUCCUUGCGUGUAUUGAACCUGAAACUAAUGAGAAAACUCCUGCCACAUGUUUGUUUUUUGACAUGACAUGACUAUAUACAAGACUGUAGGAUUGAGAAAUAGGUGCCAAUAGAUCAGACAUAUGUUACAAUAAAAUAAUAAAAAUAAAUUAAAAAAUAAUUAUAAUAAAUCAAAUUAAAAAUAUAUUUACAUUUAACAUAUGCACUUAUAUAUCACUUUUAACAAAUUUAAAAAUAAGGACAAGUGAUUAAUUUUAUGCAAGCAAUAGCAGAAGAAGUGAAACAAUACAAAGUUUCAGACACUAAUAGUACAAACUGGAACAAGAAAGAUAAUAAAAAUAUUGAAGGCAUAUAUUAAGAUUUUAUUUUUAUGUCAAUAGGAUGUACUGUAUUGUGCCCAUGUUAUGCCCUUAAUCAAGUUUACAAGAACAGGUUUUCCUGCUUGAAUGUUGAUUAUUUUCCUCAUAUUCUCCAUUGUUCAGCUCCUCUCUUCCCAGUCUGUCAGUAACGCUCUGUUUACUUCCUGUCUCUUUGAAGCCCCUGCUUCUGAAAAGCACAAUGUGCUCUGAUUGGUCGGUUGGAGCAGUGUACUGUGAUUGGUCAAAUGUUUCGAGCUUGUUUGUUAAAUGUCUCGCCCCUUACCAUGAUCGCCAGUUUCAACACACUACUAACUAACUCAACCAGGCUGAAUUGAAUCAACACUGAACUGACUCAGUCAACAACACUAUUGUCUUCUGUAAAGCUGCUUAUAGCUGAAUUGAACUCAUUUCAUAAUUGAUGAACUUUACACAGUUAAUGAAAUGAACUGAAUCAACACUGAACAGACCUCAGCUGAAUAAUGACACUAUUGUCCUCUGUAUAGCUGCUUUACAGCAGAAUGUGUCUUAUUUUUGAUGAAGUUUGCAUCAUUGAACAUUAUUUUACUGUUUAUUGUUGAGAAGCUGAUUUGAAACCAUUUGUUUUGUAAAAAGAACUAUGAAAAAACAUGUGUGUCAGUUGUUUUUGAAUGGAUGCCAAUGGAGAAGAGGAUUCAGUACAUUCAAUAAACUACUUUUGUGAUGAAACAAAUCACUUAAAGGGAACCCCUGGUAUUAAGACAUGUAUGGAUUAAUAUAACAUAAAUGAGGUCUCUUACUGAAAUAUGUAGUAGAAAACCCAUGAAAGAUUUACGUUAUUUAAAAAAUCCAUGACAUAUUUGGACAAUGGGCGGCGCCAUUUUGUUUGCGUUUUAUGUCGAUGACAUUAAAUGUUUGCACAAUGUCAGCUUCUUACAUUACUCUAUUGCUAUUUUUACCGCAACACAACUCGGAAUAUAAUAUACGAUGCCACAUUGUGCAGCUUUUGGUUGUAAUUUUCAGUCGAUGAGCCACAAGAGAAUGUAAGUCUUUAUUGCUUUACUAGCGAUAAGAGGAGAAAAGAAUGGGAAGUUGUGAAGAAUGUGGACGAAUAAUAAAACUUCCUAAAGA